AUGGCUGACCAACUGAAACCUCUGCUUAUUAUGACCUGUACCCCUGGUGCGGGUCACGUCAACCCCAUCACCACAAUUGCUAAAGCAUUGAUGCUUGAUGGCUAUCACGUCACAGCUGUCUGUGCUAGUGGCUACAGAAAGCGAUUCGAAGAUAUUGGAUGCGACUACGUUGCCAUUCAGGGCUACGCAGACUAUGUUGACGAAGACCGCGACUCCAAAUGGCCUGAGAGGGAGCUAAUGGAACCCGGACCAGAACAGCUUGCCUGGACACUCGAGCAAAGUUUCAUUAAAGUCAUUCCAGACCAGCUAGCCGCAGUGCAGAAAGCCAUCACCAAGGUCAGGGAGGAGCAUCCCGGCAGACCUGUUGUACUUCUCAAUGAAUCCGCAUACGCAGGUUCGUUGCCGCUGCAAAGAGGUGCACGAGGAGUCAAGCCAGAUGCUUUCAUUGGUAUCGGCAUCAAUCCCAUCUCCAUAACGAGCGCCGACACUCCCCCAUUUAACACAGGGUUACCGCUCCCGACCUCUCCGGAGCAAAGGGCUCAGUAUGCCAUGAUGUGGGAAAUGCUGAGGAAUACCUUAUUCUCUAGCCCUUUCGCGCUAUUUAACAGUAUCUUGAAAGAUCUUGGGGGCGAGCCAGAUGAUCAAACCUUUUUCAACGAUGCGCCGUAUGUUUGGCCCGACCGAUUUUUGCAAAUGUGUUCGUCUUCGAUGAUGUAUCCAAGAAGCGAUGCACCUUCAAGUCUUCGAUUCGCUGGCGGAAUGCCCAAGAUUCCCAAAGCUGAUACCUCAACAGCAAGCAAGCCAGCUUGGUGGGAGGAAGUUGCAAAUAACUCAACGGGCAAAGACAUUGUCUUUGUCUGCCAAGGUACUGUACGCAUGGACUACAAGGAUAUCGUUAUCCCGGCGAUAGAUGCACUGAAGGACCGUCCCAAUACAUUGGUGAUUGUUGUUUUGGGUCAGCGCGGAGCACAACUCCACUCAGACAUUGUCAUUCCUGACAACACCCGGGUAAUUGACUACUUUACCUAUGAUGAUAUUCUUCCGUUGGCCUCGGUGUUCGUUGGCAAUGGCGGUUACGGUGGAGUGCGGGCUGCUCUUUCUCAUGGAACGCCUCUGGUGGUUGCAGGUGAGAGCGAAGAUAAGACCGAGAUGUGUGCCAUCAUAGAGUGGGCUGGUGUGGCUGUUAACCUUAGGACUGGAAGUCCCACAAGUGAAGCUAUUCGAGCUGGCGUUGAUGAGGUACUUUCUAAUCCCAAAUACAAGGAGGGUGCAAAGAAGAUCCAAGCAGACAUGGAUGCCUCUGAUCCUGUCAAGGUCAUCACCGAAAACAUCAAUGAGGUACUUGCUGGUAUCAAGGCAUAA